AACCGCCCCCAUUUUAAUCCUCAGAUUUAUUACAUGAAUGUGUCUGAAUCGUUAACUGCAUUAUCAUUUCCAAUAGGGCAAGUAUAUGCUCAAGACAGUGACAAUGGAGCAAUUUGUCUCUUUUCAACAUUUAUACCAAAUGAUAUAAUAACAGUAGACAGUAUGGGUUAUGUGUUUCUCACAAGGUCCUUAGAUUAUGAGCAGGACUCACAGUAUGAUGUUGCCAUCAGAGUCAGUGACGGAGAACUUGAAUCUGUACAUCCUGGUCAAAUAAUAAUCAACGUUAUUGAUGAAAAUGAUCACAACCCUGUGUUCACUCAACCAGUAUUUCAUGGAAGAUUUCCAGAGAACUCUUCUCCAGGAACUUUAUUUAUUGAUGUCUUGGCAAGUGACAUGGACACAAGCCCUAUGAAUGGAAAUAUAGAUAGGUAUGAAAUUCAAGAAGCAGGCCUUCCAUUUUACAUCCAGAAUAUACCUGAUGGAAGUGCCAUAAUAUCCAACUCUCGUUCAAUGGACUAUGAAACAAACAGACGUGAUUAUGUGUUGCAUGUUCAUGCAUUUGAUAGUGGAGGAUUACGUUCACUGUUUCCAGCCCAGGUGAUAAUCACACUACAAGAUGUUGAUGACUGUGGACCACGCUUUUCUCGGGCAGAAUAUCAUGCCAGUGUGAAAGAAAACAAUCCCAUAUCAGUGUUCGUCAUCUCUUUGUUGGCUAGCGAUUGUGACAUAAGUGUCCCAUUCAGAGGCAUCCAAUAUAAGGUUGCAAAUGGACAAGGACUGGUGCACAUUGACCCGACUUCUGGUCAAGUUACAGCUGCAAAGUCGUAUGAUUUUGAGUCAGAUCAGAGUACAACAAUAAUUGAAGUACAAGCAUUUGACCGAGAUGGAGGUGAAAUAUAUGGGGUGGUGUCCAAGUACUGGAUGCUACCUAAUCGCAUAAAUGGCUUACCAUUCAGGCUCAAUAGCAGCAGUGGAGAAUUGUUUUUGACUAGGGCUCUGGAUUAUGAAAAUGGUGAUACAGGUUUUGAUAUUACAGUAGUAGCUAUAGAUGGAGGAUCAUAUUUAGCAACAGCUACUGUUAGUAUUUCAAUACUGAAUGAAAAUGAUGAAGAACCAUACUUCCUCACCGAAGAAGAACACAACAUUUCCAUUCCAGAGGAAACUUUCCCUUUCUCUAUACAUGGACUACCUGAUAAUGUUCUCUUCCACGUUAAAGCAUAUGAUAGCGAUCUUUUGGAAGAUGGAUACCUAUAUUAUAACCUUUCCACCUAUGAAAUAUUUUCAAUCGAUUCUAGUGGGUACCUCUAUCUCACGGUUCCUUUGGAUUAUGAGGAGAAAGACCAACAUCAAGUCACAGUUAGUGUUGGGGAUGGAGUAUUCGUGGCAAGAACAACAAUAUCAAUCCAAGUUCUAGUUGGGAACAUCAAUGACCACCCCCCAGUAUUUCAUAGUUGCCUUGAUGGCUGCUGUGAGACU